AUGCCCGCCGUCGCCGUCAUCGCCCGCCGCCUUUCGCCCGCCGCCGCCGCCGUCGGCAUGGCGCUCGCCGUCCGCCGCCUCACCCAGUCCGGCGUGGCGCUCACCACCAUCGCCAGUCGCGCGCUCAAGUUUGUCGCCCUUCUCGUCGUCUUUCUCAACGCUCGCUCCUGGCCCAUCCUCUGGCACAUUCGCGUGUUUCGGCCAUUGAUAUAUCUGGACGCGCGCGUGUUCUGCCUUCGCGCAUCCUCAGCCUUCAAGUCCGCCCGCGCGCGUUCUGCGAUCGAGGAGAGGUGGUGGGAGACGCUAUCCCCGCUCGGGAGAAAGCCGUUCGACGAGAUCACGACGUACAAUACGUGGGCAGGGCCCGAUGACUGUGACUUCAACAUUCACUUGAGCAAUUCAUGUUACGCCAAGACGCUGGACGCUGUCCGAUUCAAGUUCGCGCUCGUCAGCUUCCCCGCGUUCUUCCGGUCGGGCGGGCGCAUGUUGCUCGGCGGGACGCACUGGGACUUCAUCCGCGAAAUCCCCGCGCUCUCGCGUUACGAAGUGCGCUGCGGCAUCGCCGGGUGGGACGGCAAGUGGAUGUACCUCAUCGCGCGGUACGUCACCAAGCCGAAGAAGUCGUCUAAGAAGGACAAGCCCACCACGCUCGCCCUGGAAGAUGCCGACCAGCAGGCGCAGACGACCGGCCCCGUCCUCGCCGCAUACCUCCCCAGCCCGCCCACAACCACCGCGCCCACCCCCGCACGCACGCGCUCGCCCGGCCCGUCCGCCCCAUCUGCAGCUCCAGCAGCAUCCUCUGCUACCACCACCCGCGCCCGCGUCGCCGCGCGUCCCGAGGCAGACGGCGCGACGGUGCACUGCGUCGCCGUCUCCGCCAUGUGCUUCAAGCUCGGGCGGCUCACCGUCCCGCCCGCCGUCGUGCUCGCGUGCGACGGGUUCGGCACCGCCCCGCAGAUCCCGCGGGGCGUCAAGGUGCUGCGCGAGGUAUUCAAGGGCGGCUGGCGCGACGCGGGCGCUGCGUACCCGGGAGAGGACGUGGAAGCGGUCCGGGCGGCGGAGGGGGAACGAUGGUGGGAGACGGCGCUCGGUGGGGAUAUCGAGCGCCGGCGUGUACAGGGGUACGCGGCGGUCGCGGGGCUUGUGGAGGGGACGGAAGGCGCGCGUGGCGUAGCUGUUGGGCUGCUCUGA